UAGCUAUUCAGGUGCAUGCAUAUCAUAGCUAGCCACAUAUCCCAUCUUAAAAAUCACCACCACCAUCAUCAUCAUCAUCAUCAUCAAACAACAAUCUUAAUUUUUCCCAGAUUUUAGCUAGCUAGCAAGCUAGAAGGAAUCCCGGAAAAAAACAUGAGAAGUGAAGGGAUUAUGGUGUUAUUAACAACUACGGUUAUAAUGAUGUAUUUCUGCUGGAUGAUGAGCCCCAAGGAGUUAAUGUUAAUGAAUCUCCAGUCGCAUAAACAGAUUAUUCCCCAGAAACAAUUACAAUUAUUUGUGCUUGCAGGACAGAGCAACAUGCUGGGGCUGGGAGGAGUGAACAAGACAACAUUGGUUAACGGGGCGAAAAUCAAAGUCUGGGACGGCGUAGUGCCGCCGGAGAGCCGCCCUAACCCGGCGGUUUUCCGCCUGAACGAGCACUUUCAAUGGGAGUUGGGGCAUGAGCCCAUCCACUACGGAAUCAACUGCAAGAUAACGUGUGGGGUUGGGAUGGGAAUGGCGUUCGCAAAUAAGCUAUUGCAAAUGGAUCCUAACUUUGGGGUCAUCGGUUUAGUGCCCAGCGCCGCCGGCGGCACCUCCGUCAGGAAUUGGUCCGGCGACUCUGCCGAUAAUCCCUACAGAGUUUUACUCCAACGGACCAAAUUUGCAGUUGAGAAUGGGGGAGCCCUCAGGGCAAUUAUAUGGUAUCAAGGUGAAGCUGAUACCAUCCAUCCUUUUAAUGCAAGGCAUUACAAGACUGGACUUGAAAAAUUUAUUCGUAGAUUUCGCAAUGAUUUGCAUUUUCCCACCCUUCCCUUCUUUCAGAUAAUUCUUCCACGUGUAAGGAAACCAUUUAGAGGGACAUUAGUAAACGAGGUGAAAAGGGCUCAACGUGACACUAAUCUCCCCAACUUAAUAAAGAUCGAAACGGAUGGAUUGCCAGUUUCACCGGACGGCGUUCAUCUAACUACGGAGGGCUACAUCCGAUUAGGGUUUACGUUGGCCAACGCAUUCCUAGAGACCAAGUCCAAAUUGUUACAAAACAAAAAUGUCGUUUCAGUAUACAACACUUCCGAUUAUAAUGUAGCUUAGUAUUGUUAGUAGGCUUGUAGAUAGCCAAAUGGCUUCCACGAGUAUCAAUUUUAUUCACCUUUCAUUAGUUUAGAUGGCAUGCAUGCAACA